AUGCAGCGUAUUCUCGCUCUCACUGCUGCUGCGGCAGGCCUCUUUGUGACAGCCUUGGGCACCAAAGUUCCAAGUGUCAAUGUCCCAUCAUGCCCGCGCAUCGGUUCCGUUUCCUACACCACGUCGGUGCCCGACCGGACUCCAUUUCCGCGUACGCAGGUCGACCUGUGCUAUACCGACGAUAGCCUCGAGCUCACAUUUAUCGCCUAUGACGAGGUGAAUUACUUCUUCAACGCGUCCCAGGGAACCAACGACGACAUCUGGGAGUACGAAGUCAUGGAGGCCUUCAUCUACAAGGGCACUGAAGACCCUCAGACAUACGUCGAGCUCGAGGUCAAUCCCAACAAUGUGACAUACCAAGCAUUUGUUUACAAUCCUUCCAAGAACCGGACAGCGGGCGCACCGUUCGACCACUUCUUCAUUUCGGAUCCCGCAACCGACGGCUUCAAGGCCAAGACGAUCCUCAACAAGCCAGCAAAGACUUGGAGAAGCACCCUUACCGUCCCUCUAGGUAUCUUCAAUGUUGAUGUCGGCAAGGCAAAGGGUACCUCUUGGAGGAUGAAUUUUUUCAGGACUGUAGUUAGCCCGGAGAUUUAUCCAAAUCAGAUUCUGGGCGGCUGGGGUGUCCCGGAUCAGGCGAGCUUCCAUAUCACCAAGUAUUUUGGCAAGGUGAAGUUUAUCUGA